AUGAAUUUGCAAACACCCCUUAACGUUUUGUGUACCAAAAAAAUCACAUUUGGUUGUCCUAUUCUUGAUCGUGUAUUCGGCGGUGGAAUUCCUAUCUGUAGUAUUACCGAACUAGUCGGCGAAGGUGGGACCGGGAAAACACAACUUAUGUUACAAUUGGCGCUAAACACGCAGUUACCGGAAGCAUUAGGAGGUCAAUCAGGUAAUUCGUUGUACCCGAAUUCGGAAUUAUCAUUUCCAAUUAGAAGAUUGAAUGAAAUUGCUUCCAACAAUCCCUUUCUCGAAGAUAACCCGUUGGAUAAGGUCUUUGUUCAUUCCCUCGGAAGUUUUGACGAACUUUUAUCAAUUGUUGCACGUGUAGAACCGUUUUUGUCAAACAAUAAUGUUAAGCUCAUUAUAGUUGACUCCGUGACAACAUUAUUUAGAACGGAGUUCUCAAAUAAUGGGGCCGAUAUGUCGAGGCGACAACAAAUGUUCUUCAAGAUUGCGGGUAAAUUUAAGAUGUUUGCAAGUAAGUACGAUCUAGUUGUUGUGAUGACAAAUCAAGUUGUCGACUGCAUUUCGGGGUCCUCGAAUGAAAGCAUAGGGAACAUUGAGACAUUGCGAAGUUCUGAACGUAAUGUCAUUCCGGCUUUGGGUUUGUCAUGGGCAAAUUGCGUCAAUACAAGGCUUAUGAUUUUGAAAUCCAAUAAGAUAAAUUGCGAAGAUGGAAAAUCAGAAGCGUCAACUAGUACAAAAUGUUCUAAAACCUCCAGAACUUUGGUCGUGAUAUUUGCACCACAUCUUGGACCAGCAAAUUGUGACAUUGAAAUCAAUUCUGACGGUGUAUUCGGCUUCAAUUCUUCGUAA